ACUGAAGACACUUCCUGAUUCGUUUGCGACAUGAAAAGCUUUCUGAGAAAUAUCAAAACUGCAAGCAAAGAGAGUGUUCAGGCUGAAUCAGAAAAAGACGGAAGGAGCGAGACCAGGGGGAAAGUGUGAUAAAUCCAAGCCUGCUUCUGAAUUGCCUCAGGAUUCCUGUUUUGCCAUGUCACUUGUAGAGACCAUCCGGCUUUGGAGUGAAGGGGUGUCUGCUGCGGAUCGCAAGGACUGGGCAGCUGCCCUUGAAGCCUUCAUGUCUGUUCAGAAUCCUUCUUCCAAAAUCUGCUUUAACAUUGGCUGCAUCCACCUGAUCACGGGAAAUUUGGAAGAGGCACAAAAGGCCUUUAUCAGAAGCACAGACCAUGACAAGCACUUAGCAGUGGCCUAUUUUCAGCGAGGAGCUGUGGCUUACCGGAUGGAAAA